CACCUUAAUCGCAACGUGUCAACAAAAGUUGUUUUCUACUUGAGCAGCACCAAUAACAGCUGUUAAAUUUUCCAGAUCUGAAAUCUGAGCAAUAAUCUGUAUUUCAUAAGUAGAAUAAUUUAGUUGAGUAUUAAUAAAAUAAAAUAAAGUGAUAGUUUAAAUUGCAUUCGACCAUGGCUUCUAAGGUAACAUUCAAAAUUACUCUUACAUCGGAUCCGAAGCUGCCGUUCAAAGUACUUAGCGUUCCGGAAACCACUCCAUUUACGGCCGUGCUGAAGUUCGCCGCCGAAGAGUUCCGAGUGCCACCAGCAACCAGUGCAAUUAUCACCGACGAUGGAAUCGGCAUCAAUCCACAGCAAACGGCCGGUAAUGUGUUUCUCAAACACGGUUCCGAGCUGCGACUGAUUCCUCGAGAUCGCGUCGGCGUUUGCUUAGUGUGAGAAUUGCAUUCCAUGUGUGUGAAUGGCAGACUGGAUGUUUGAAGCAUUGUUGAAGGGCAGAUGUGUUCGUAUUGAUUUUGAAUGCUUAACUAUGUUUAUUGGCUAACAUUUGUUUACAAAGAAAUAAAGCUUUGAUUAAUUAAGGUUCGUUUCUAUUAGAUGUUUUA